GCUUCUACUAAGAUAAUGCCCCAACUACUCUACGGUAGCGUUGGGUUAGGUGAUAAAGCUCAGAAAUCUUUGGAAAUAAUCUAAAGUAUAUCCCAAAAAACCAGAACGUCCAAACAGAUCUGAACACGUCCUUAUGUAAUAAUGGCUACAUUGGAACCACAUCUAAAUGCGAGUGCGCGCAGAUGAUUCGAAGUAUCGAUUUCGUGAUCGACAUGUCUCGAGAUCUCGGCAGCACCCGCUAUCUUCAGAAAAUGUCGUACAAUAUUUCCAAGAGAUUCCAGUCAAAAACCACAAUGUUACUGAGAAUAAAUUUACUGGAGUCAAAGAGCACGCGUCAUAACUUAGCAGAAUGACUCAGCCGUUCAAGAUCAUCGUACCAUUUCCAGUACAAAAAAGAACAUAUCUCUCUCCUUCUUCGCCACCUUCGGGACAUUCGAUCCGCCGCACAUUUUGUAUUUCUACGCCGCACGGCUGGACCAUUGCAAUGUUGUUAAAUGUAACGCUGCGUAUGUGCUAACGAGUUCACGUGUGUGUUACCAGUGAGACGCGCGAACGAGAAAAAUAGCAGCAACGAAUCGUGACGUUGUGGAUCAAUUAUUCCAACUUCUCGGAUUGUGCGAAAUAUCCAGUGUCACGAUUGUUCAGUGAACGUCGAGAGGUAUUUCUUUCAACAACGGUGCCGACGCAAACAGCCACUUCGACUUCAAUUAUUUCAACUUCGACUAAGUGGAGCAGACGUACGUGCAACUGAACCAUGGAGACAUGUAUGGCUGAUGUCUGUGCAGCUGCUGUGAGUGGAUCUCCCGUGCCCGUUUUCUUACAACUAAUACAAACGCUUUUGACGGCGCAAUGCAGUUUAAACAACAGCAAGAAUUACCCACCUGACCGCUCCGAAGAGAUCGCAGGAUCCAACAUCGAAUUCGACUUCGUGAUAGUGGGUGCCGGAAGUGCUGGAUCCGUGAUGGCUCAUCGUUUAACCGAGAUCGAUAACUGGAAGGUACUACUAAUCGAAGCCGGUGAAGACCCUUCGGCUUCCAGCGAUAUUCCCGCGCUCUUCAUGAAUUUGUUAAAAACGCCAGAGGAUUACGCUUACGACGUCGAGCCUGAGAAAUUCGCUUGCCAUGGUACGACGACCGGCCUGUGCAAAUGGGGAAAGGGCAAGGCCCUUGGUGGCAGUUCCACGAUAAAUGGCAUGAUUUACAUUGAGGGCACCGACGAGGACUACAACGAGUGGCAUCGGAUGGGUAACAAGGGCUGGAGCUAUGAAGAUGUUUUGCCAUACUUCAGGAAAUUUCAGAACUGCCAAGAGGCGCGUCCCGGCUGCGCUCAGCAAGGGCCGCUGGAUAUUAGAUAUUUCAACUACACCAAGACGUUGGCACACAAUAUAUUCAGGGAGGGGCUCCGCGAGUUGAACGUGCCUAAUCUGGAUAUGUUGAAUGCCGGGAAGUUCAUCGGAUUUGGUACAACUCAAGCGACGGCGGCGAAUAGCCACAGGAUGAGCACAGCGAAAGCUUUCUUGUCGCCGAUCAAGGACAGAAAGAAUUUGUACGUGAUGAAGUCUACUCGAGCAGAUGCCGUUCUCAUGGACGGCAAUCGGGCGGUCGGGGUACGCAUGACCUUAAAGGACGGCAGAUCGAUCAACGUAAAAGCGUCGAAGGAGGUGAUCCUUUCCGCCGGCAGUAUCGGCAGUCCACAUCUGCUGAUGCUCUCUGGCAUCGGACCUAAGCAGCAUCUACGUGAGAUGGGGAUAAACACCAUCGUCGAUCUGCCGGUCGGUAAAAAUCUUCAGGACCAUAUUACCUGGCUAGGCUUUUAUAUAAAGUACAAAGAUGCGGACGCUAUACCGAUUACACCAACGUUCCUUUUGGACGAAGCUUACCAAUAUCUAAUGCAUGACCAAGGUUUUUUCGCGAGCACGAAGAUAGAUUACGUCGGUUUCAUCAACGUGACUGAUCCGAACGCCAAGUAUCCUGACAUUCAGUUCCAUCACGCUUUCAUGCAGCAGUGGAUGCAGCCAAUACAUGCACAACUAUUGCGCCAAUUUUACAUACACGAUGACAUAGUGAAUGAUAUAAGUGGCACGCUGAUGGACAAUAGCUUAAUGACAAUUAUCUCGUCUCUAUUGAAGCCAAAGAGCUUGGGCGAGAUACAACUACGUAGCAAGAAUCCGGCGGAUCGUGUCAAGAUUUACGCGAAUUACUUCUCCGAGCAAGAGGACAUUGAAACGAUGUUCAAGUCCUUGGACUUCAUAAAGAAAGUGUUGAAAACAGAGGCGUUCAAGCGAUACGAUGCGAAGCUGCAUCAUAUAGAUAUUGCAGGUUGCCGACACACCAAACCCGAUUCCGAAGAGUACUGGAGGUGCAACUUGCGGCACUUGUGUGUAACGCUUUACCACCCCGUUGGAACGGCCAAAAUGGGUCCUCAGAAUGAUCCCACAGCCGUCGUGGACGCUCGAUUGAGAGUUCACGGAGUGCAAGGUCUCAGAGUCAUCGAUGCAUCUAUCAUGCCAAAGAUCACUAGCGGAAAUACAAAUGCACCUACGAUAAUGAUAGCAGAGAAAGGCGCGGAUAUGAUCAAGGAAGAUUACAUGAAAAACAAGGACGAACUGUAGAAGAAGUUACUUACAUUUUUAUUGUGAUUAUUCUUAUAUUUUGGUUUCGUUCUUAUAUUUUGGUUUCUGUUAACUCUUACAAGGGCAUUGGUUCAUAUAUAGACCACUUACAUUAUGGCAGUUUUAUUAUCGUUACUUUUACAAUUUGAUCAUAAUAAUAAUCAUACAUAUUUAUUUUUCUAAAUUCUAAAUACUUCUCCUUCAAGUUUUAUUAAUAUUUUUAUUUUUUAUAAUAAUUAUAAUAAUUAUUGUGAAGAAAUAAAGUUAAAAAAUAACGUUUUAUCAUUUUAACUCGUUCCUGACGAUACAAAUGAAGAUAGGAAGCUACAAAAAAUUACUGAAUAUUCUUGAUACCUUCUACUAUUACAUAUAAUUUUUGCAAAUUUUUUUGCAUUUUUAAUUUUUUAUAAAUAAGUAAAUAUUUAAUAAUUGUAUAUUUUUGCGAAAAAAACAAGAAAUGUAGACUUUUUGCUCAAAAUAUAUUGAACAAGUAUUACAA